AUGACGCAAAAGGACCUCCUUAAAGUCAUCUCCAAAACCGAGAAGCAGCAAAUCGAGGCGCAGAUCCAAUCCGCGCUCGCAAACUUCACCGCGGACGGCGGAAACUCGACGCGGAAAAAGGGAGGCCACAAGAGCAGGAACGGCAAGAAAAAGGGCCGCCAAUCCGGCAAGAAGGGACGGCACCACCCCUUGCGAGGCUCGGGAGUCGUUCUCGAUUCCGCCCAAGUCAAGGGUUACGACGGCGAAAACGACUCUGGUGACGGAAUCGGCGAGAUAGUCACGCUGCCCACGGGCCCCGGCAGCAGCGGCCCCGUUAAAGGCAUGGCGCGCGCCCAAAGCGUUCUCCUUCAGCUCUCUUAUAUGGAGGCGACGCUCGGCACAGCGUCGAGGCGCGCGGAGGAGACGAGUUCCUGCGGGAAGUUGCUGUUACGGGCGCACUUUCAAAUCCCCAAGGCGAUUGAAUUUGCCGAGAAAGGCGCACUGAUAAAAUCGGGCUGGAAAGUCGCGUUUGCGCGGUCGCUUGUCGAGGAGUGCCUUAACGCGGAUCCGCACUCUUCGGUGGCUGAGCUCGCCGAGGCGGCGCGGACAGCGGCAAACCUGUUGAUGCCGGACCUGAAGAAGAACGACAACGCCAACUGGCAGCGAAUCCAAUGGAUGAAAGAUCGCGAGGUGGACCCGAUCGACACCAAGGGCGAAGCAGAGCCGUUGGAUCCUCUGGAGAUCGACUACUGCGAGAAAUUCUCGGAAGUCGACAGCAACAAUGUGAAGAUUCGGGUGGACACGUCAACCCCUUGCCGCGGAAGUCGCGUGCGCACAGACGUGCAGUACCCGUCGGGCAUCUUCAGCGCGCGGAUCAAGUGCCCCAAGGGGGACAUUAGCGGCUUGGUUCAGUCGUAUUAUUUAUCCUCGUUAGAAGGCAGCCGCGAUCAGGACGAGAUCGACUUCGAGUUCCUGGGAAAGGACAAGAACCAGGUGCAGACAAACUACUACGUGGACGGCAAGGGCGGGCGGGAGGUUCUGAUCCCAUUAGGGUUCGACUGCUCGUCGGACUUCCACGAAUACGCCAUGUUCUGGAACGAGAAUCAAAUCAUCUGGCAGAUCGAUGGCAAGGUGGUGCGAGUGGCAAAGCGCAAGGACGGGGAGCCGUACCCGGUGAAGCCCAUGUACACGUAUGCGUCCAUCUGGGAUGCGAGCUAUGUGCUCGAUGGCCGAUGGUCAGGCGACUGGCGCGGCUGGAACGAGCCCUACAUUGGCGAGUACGAGGACCUCAAGGUGGUCUCGCCCGCACCCGACGUCUCCUGGUAG